AUGGCUUCACAAGAGUCACAAACCAUCAGCCUGAAGGUUCUAAUUGACAAGAAGAACAGAAAAGUGGGGAAUCUUGAGGAGCAGUUUCUGCAGACUCUGGUAUGCAAGUCCAUUCUACUUCAUCCAAGAAAUCUUUAUGAAAAUGAGUGCAGGAAACUGAAACUGAAUAUUGAUGAUACAGAGCCCACCAAGUACUAUAUUUGUGCUGAUUGGAAUUGUAGCGGACAGGAGAGUGGCAGUUUGUAUACUACUUUCAAGAAUGUUAGAUGCAAUUGUGGGAAAAUGAUGGACAAUGAGAUAUUAAUGAAAAAAGAAGAUCAGAGUGCAAUUCCUGAAGGAGAUAGAGGAGUUUUUGUUUGUGGAACGACCAAGUUCAUGGUAAACGAUGAUUUGCAGGUAAAGCCCAUUUCUGCAGCUACUAUCGUGAAGCUAUUGCAUAAACUAGGGUUCAAAGGCAUGAGUUCCCUCCAAGAAGCCGGGGCUCUGCCAUGGUUUAGUGGGAGCAACCCAUCAGGAGUAAAAGUACUAAUGAAAUGUAUAAUGAUAAUUACUUUGGCUACCUGA